AUGCAUCUCCGUUUCGUGCUACUGACGAUUGUCGCCACUCUUGUAGCGACAUGUUGUAGCGAGGCUCGCUCGCUCCGGCAAGGGGCCUCCACGAAAACGACCGGUUUGGCCUCCGAACAUGAUCCAGAGUCGGAGGAGAGGGUGUUUAGAGUCCGCGACGUUGCAUCUGGAGCUAUCACAAAAGCUGAAAGCGCACCUCUCAAGACGUCGAAGUGGGAUAAAGGCCUUUAG